GAAUUUCGGCCCAACGUCUCGACAAUUACAGCCGCUGUCGCGAUCUUCCUCGUUGGUGUCUUGUGUCCUGACCACUCGUGCUGUUCAUCUUCACAUUAACCUGAUCUUUCCGCUUCGAUACCAAAUAAAUAAGGCGAGCAUGUCUUCGUACUACCGCGGAAGAGGUGGCGGGAGGGGCGGCGCCCCCGGCCGUCACCGAGGCAACGGUCGCGGCGGCAGUGGCUUCCCUCGUGGUCCACGCAGCUCGGCGAACGUCGCGGCUUCCGAAUUCGAGGAGGUCGGCGCCGCCUCUGCGGGGUCGUACGACGACAGCGAAGGCAGCCAUGGUGCCUACGAUGUCUUCCAGGAGCACCCGAGUGUCGCACCACCUGGGCAGCCUUGCAGUGCGCUCACGUCUUUUCUAAACGAAGUGGAGGGGCGCAGCUACGCCCAGCUGAAGCAGCUGACGGGCCAGACGUUCGGCCUCACACCGCAGAUGAUGCCCGGCCCGGGCAGCGUCACGGUGCGAUUUUUGCGUAUUCAGCCAGAUCCCUUCGCCCCGGGCAGCCAAAUACACGUCUCGCUGCCCGCCCCGUUCUGCACCCACACACUCUUGCACGCGUCUCAGUCGACGCCAAUUCUCUCCCACAAAGCCACCACUACCACCGCUGCUGCUGCUGCUGCUGUUCCACCUGAGCACGUUCCAUGGCGGCGCGUCGCCGCGGAGGACUUCCUGCUCCGCUGUGUGCGCCAGGGCCUGGCCCGUCUGCAGGGCAGCUCCGCCAUACAGAUGCUUCAGGUCUCCCAACACGUCCUGCCACGCAGCACGGUGCAGCUGGUCGAAAGUGGGAGCGACGACGCUGCACAUCUUCGGGACGCACCAAACGGGUUCAUUCACGUCUUCCUACGCGUGAAGCUUCCGGGGCAUGGCAGGCGCAUCGACAGCCACGGCAUCCACCGUAUCAUCUUCUCCGAGCUGCUGCCGGUCUUUCAGAACUACGUCGCGCGGUGCCGUCACGAGGAUCUCUGGGCGCAGGUGACGUCGGUGUCUGACCAGGAGUGGCUGCGAGGACAACUGCACGCGUCCGGACUCGUGGCCUUCAUCGCAGAUGGCGCGGUGCUGCCACGUGCUGCGGGCGACUCCGACUUGCCGCUUUCCGACACCACCGUUAUCCCGUUUUCCUCGCCGCCGUCGUUGUCCCGCACCUUUGUUCUCCCGUACAGUGGACGCGCCAUCACCGGGGCGGGCCUCCGGCACGGACUCACCUUAAUUGCGGGUGGCGGCUUCCACGGCAAGUCGACGCUGCUGCGUGCGCUGGAGCUCGGGGUGUACAACCACGUCCCGGAUGACGGUCGCACCUUUGUCGUCGUCGACCCGACGGCGGUGAAGAUACGCGCCGAGGACCGCCGCGCUGUGCACGGGGUGGACAUCUCGCCCUUUAUUCGCCACCUGCCCUUCCGCAGCGACACCACGGCCUUUUCCACGGGCGAUGCGAGCGGCAGCACGAGUCAGGCCGCGAACAUCAUGGAAGCCCUGGAACUCGGCUCGUCUGCGCUGCUGAUGGACGAGGACACGUCGGCGACGAACUUUAUGUACCGAGAUGCGCUGAUGGAGCAGCUGGUGCCGUCGACGCAGGAGCCCAUCACCUCCUUUGUGCACCGCGUCGGGGACUUGAUGCAGCAUCACAAGGUGUCGGUCAUCUUAGUGGUGGGCGGCUCCGGUCAGUACUUCCCGGCGGCGGAUGUGGUGCUGGUGAUGAACGCCUACCACGUGCGUGACGCUACGGCGCAAGCGAAGGAGAUUGUGCGACGGAGCUGCUCCACCGACGCCGACAACAGGAGCAACACGAUCCGUGGUGGAUUGGUGGAGUCGGCGGCAGUGCAGCUGUCCCCCACCUCCGCUUUCCACCUCCCGCCGCAGCGUCACUUCCAGUACGAUGCCUCGUUUGAGGAACUUGCUCGUCGCAGUCGGCAAGGCCCCGGCGGCGGGUUGAAGGUAAGCGGGUCCGGCACGGAGCGCGUGCGCGUGGGCCACGAGACGAUCGAGCUGUCCCUCGUGGAGCAGCUGGUGGAGGAAGGGCAGCUCAACGCCAUCGCGCAGUGCUUGGCGAUGCUGUACGAUGGCGAGCGUCUGGCCUCGGAGAAGCUGCAAAGGGAGCGCGUGCCCGCACCGGCCUACCCGCCACCACUGUGCACGGCCGGGGUUUUCACCGCGAACGGGGCGUCACGUCCGUCCCUGGCUCGCCUUGCUGUUGCCUCGGAUUACAGCCAACUCGUUCACAACUGCGAAGGUCGGCUGCGCCAGGCCCGACUGGAGCUGCAAACCCCGUCGUGUUACCUGCCGGCGGGAUUCACGGCGUUACCGCGCGUGUUUGAGCUCGGCGCCGCGCUGAACCGCCUCCGCACUCUCAUCACUGCCUGUCGGUGA